CAAGUGCCGGCACUAAUGAGAUGGUCUUCGGUGCUAUGUUGCUGACGGGCAACGGGCUCAAAGGUCCCAAACAGCAACAGCAGCAUCAGCAGGAGCCGCAGCAGCAGCAGCAACAGCAGCAAGAGCAAACGAAACCGGCGGCCAUUAAAUCCUCCAGCAAGGAGCAGGAUCCACAGCCUAUUGCAGCCGGGUAUUAUGCCCUCGGCAUACGCAUACCCAAGUCGCCAUCGUUUCACAGCGGCCUAGAUCAACUGGCCGACGACGAGUUGGACGAUCAGGUGCAGGAUCAGCAAGGCCAGGAGCAGCAGCAGCAGCAACAGGCCGGCAACAGGUUUAGGUUUAGCAGCGUGGAGGAGCUAAAGGCCAAGUUCGAGGGGCGGAAAACGCCCCUCUCACCGCCCGAGGCAGCAGCAGCAGGAGGAGCAGCCGGAUCCGGAGUACCUACCGCAUCCUCCUCACCUUCGUCCUCGUCCACCAGUUCCAAUUCCUCGGCCUCGGCCCUGUCCUCGCUUUCCCAGGCGGCGUCAUCCUCGCUAGCCUCGGCGGCGGCAAACUCGUCGGCCUCGUCCUCGGCCGCCACCUACGGUGGUGGAGCUAAUUCAGCUGCAGCUGCUCUGAUUGCCUCCUCCCCAUUUGGAUCGCAGUCCUCCACUUCCUCUCUGUCGCUAUCCUCGAAUGCCGGCAUGUCGAAGAACGCGGCAGGAGCAGGAUCUGGAUCUGGAUCAGGAUCUGGUUCUGGAUCUGGAACAACGACAGCAGGCCCUGCUAGUGGGGGCAACUCACUUGUGUCCACUUUGGCGCAACACUUCUCGGCGGCCACAUCCGCCGCAGCAUCAGCGGCAGCCGCUGCGGCAUCUUCUGCCUCGGCGGCGUCCACUUCGUCAGCUUCCUCAUCCACCGCCACCAACAACGCAGCCAACUCCAUCGCCGCCAGCAAGUCACCUGUGAGCGCGGCCGCGGCCAUAAAGAACAUACUGAAUGCCACCAAGAGUGUGGGUACCAGUGCUGCGGCGGCGGCAGCAGCGGCGGCCACCUCCUCCUCAUCAUCCUCAUCCUCCGCGGCGGCUGUGCCGUCGUCCGCCGCCGCCGUCGUCGCUGUUUCCACCACCAGCGAUGUGCCCGCAGAGGAGCUGCGUCCGACGGUGGCCCAGAAUCUGGUGGGCGGCAUUAGCAUCUCACUGGGAAUUGGCCAGCGCAAUGGCGGUGCUCCACCCGCGUCAUCUACAGUAAUGGUGACAUCUAACUCCACCCUGGUGGUGACCACAUCGAGCCUAAGCAUCCGGCAGAACGGUGACAUACUCCCGGGUCAUCCGGCGGGUCUUCAGGCCUCGCCCCAGACACUGCAACAGCUGACGGGCAGUCCGGGAAGGGCUCGCGACCGGAAUCUGUUCUACACGCCACCCACCGCUUCGGUUGCCCUGGCGCUGCCUGCACUGCGAGAGACCGCCGCCAGUGAUCGAGAGGAGCUGUUCAUAGAGAAAAUCCGACAAUGCUGCACACUGUUCGACUUCUCCGAGCCGCUGAGCGACCUCAAAUUCAAGGAGGUGAAGCGGGCGGCCCUACACGAAAUGGUCGAUUUCCUCACCAACCAAAAUGGCGUAAUAACCGAAGUUAUUUACCCGGAGGCGAUCAAUAUGUUUGCUGUCAACCUUUUCCGAACUCUGCCGCCAUCCUCCAACCCGAAUGGUGCCGAAUUCGAUCCGGAGGAGGAUGAGCCCACGCUGGAAUCCUCGUGGCCGCACCUGCAACUCGUUUACGAGCUGUUCUUGCGCUUUUUGGAGUCACCAGAUUUUCAACCAAACAUUGCUAAACGUUUUAUCGACCAUCAAUUUGUAUUACAACUAUUGGAUUUAUUCGAUUCGGAGGAUCCACGUGAACGUGAUUUCCUAAAGACUGUUUUACAUCGCAUCUAUGGAAAAUUUUUGGGCUUGAGAGCAUUUAUUAGAAAGCAGAUCAACAAUGUCUUUUACAGAUUUAUUUAUGAAACUGAGCAUCAUAAUGGCAUAGCCGAAUUGUUGGAAAUCCUGGGUAGCAUUAUCAAUGGCUUUGCUCUGCCGCUCAAGGAGGAGCAUAAACAAUUUUUACUUAAGGUAUUGCUGCCAUUGCACAAAGCCAAGAGCCUCUCGGUCUACCAUCCGCAGCUCACCUACUGCGUGGUGCAGUUCCUGGAGAAGGAUCCUAGCUUAUCGGAAGCGGUCAUCAAAAGCCUGCUUAAAUUUUGGCCCAAGACGCACAGUCCCAAGGAGGUUAUGUUUUUGAAUGAGCUGGAGGAGCUGUUGGACGUGAUUGAGCCGGCCGAGUUCCAGAAGGUGAUGGUGCCGCUUUUCCGCCAGAUAGCCAAGUGCGUUUCCUCGCCUCAUUUCCAGGUGGCGGAGCGUGCAUUGUACUAUUGGAACAACGAGUACAUUAUGUCGCUGAUAGCGGACAACUCGGCGGUGAUAUUACCCAUCAUGUUCCCAGCGCUCAAUCGCAACUCAAAGACGCACUGGAACAAGACCAUACAUGGUCUAAUCUACAAUGCGCUCAAGCUGUUCAUGGAGAUGGAUCAGCGGCUUUUUGAUGAGUGCAGCAAGAACUACAAGCAAGAGAAGCAAAUGGAGCGUGAGAAGCUGUCCCAAAGGGAGGAACUUUGGCAACAGGUUGAGAGCUUGGCCAAGACCAACCCGGAGUGGACAAAGGCGCGCCGGUAUAACAACUGCCUGCCGGUCAGCGACAGCCGGGCCCUGUACGAUCAAUAUAGUGAGAAUAGCGAUUUAGCGUACGAUCAGAGCGAGCAGAAGGCGCGCCAGCCGCCGCCUCCGCUGCCGCCCCAGAAACAGGCGCAUCAGGAGCCCCGAGAGAUUCGCGGCGAGCGGAACAAGGACAAGCCGCUGCUGCGCCGGAAAUCGGACCUGCCAGCGGACAGCGGAACCGUGAAGGCGCUCAACGAGCACAAGCGAACGGAUGCGUACCUCACCACGCCGCCGCCGGAUGGUAACUGCUAGGAAAGAGCUGACCAGCCGACGCCGCCAAUAUUAUUAUCUCCAAGCCCGAGGCGCUGAAAGGACAGUCCACAAAAUACCCACAUAGACCUACACACUCCAAACUAAGGCCAGAAAGCAUACUUAUAUACAAGCACAAGCCCAGAGAUGAAGGAUAGGAGCAGCACAACUAGAACAUACAAUUUCGAACGAUGCUGCGGCGUCGUCGCAUUUGCAUUUGGGGGCUUAGUGGGGGCGUGGCAACGGAUGCAAGCCAAUUGCUUUAUAUAUGAACAUACAAAAUACCAAUCUAUAAUGAUCAUGCAUAGUACCAAUAAAGAUCUAAAAUCCCAAUAGAGACAGAUUA